AUGAAUGAAGUCCUGGGGACGGGAUCCCCAGCUCAGUGCACUGGAGGUGGGGAUACAGAGGGAGGGAGAUGUCUAAAGUUGUGCGAUCUUUGUCCUUGUCCCACGUCCUACAGCCGAUUUGGGACCAAGUGCGCCCGAUGUGGCAGACAGAUCUACGCCAGCGACUGGGUGCGGCGCGCUCGCGGUAACGCCUACCACCUAGCCUGCUUCGCCUGUUUCUCCUGCAAGCGCCAGCUGUCCACCGGCGAGGAGUUCGGCCUGGUUGAGGAGAAGGUGCUGUGCCGCAUCCACUAUGACACCAUGAUCGAGAACCUCAAGAGGGCCGCUGAGAACGGGAAUGGCCUCACGUUGGAGGGGGCAGUGCCCUCGGAACAGGACAGUCAACCCAAGCCAGCCAAGCGCGCGCGGACGUCCUUCACCGCCGAGCAGCUGCAGGUGAUGCAGGCGCAGUUCGCGCAGGACAACAACCCCGACGCGCAGACGCUGCAGAAGCUAGCAGACAUGACGGGCCUCAGCCGCAGGGUCAUCCAGGUCUGGUUUCAAAACUGCCGGGCGCGUCAUAAAAAGCACACACCGCAGCAUCCGGUGCCGCCCUCCGGGGCGCCCCCAUCCCGCCUCCCCUCCGCCCUGUCAGACGACAUCCACUACUCCCCGUUCAGCAGCCCCGAGCGGGCGCGCAUGGUCACCCUGCACGGCUACAUCGAGAGUCAGGUACAGUGCGGGCAGGUGCACUGCCGGCUGCCUUACACCGCACCCCCUGUCCACCUCAAAGCCGAUAUGGAUGGGCCACUCUCCAGCCGGGGUGAGAAGGUCAUCCUUUUUCAGUAUUAAUGCUGCCGGCAUUUUCGCAUCUGUCCACGGACACCCCACAGCUGCCCCUCAGCCGCUGAGAUCCAGUGUCCAAGCCACAGCCAGGGAUCCAUCGCCUCUGCAUCCACCCCUUCCUGCCAUCCUGCCUGCCUGUGGCCAGCUCGGAUCCCUCCCCAGGCCUGGCCUCGCCCUCUCCUGCUGAGAAACAGAACCUGCCAGGAGCACCACAGAGUCCUCCCCUUGGAAGACAGAGCUCCCUGAAAUGUGGAACCAGGGUGGAAACAACAGCCUAUUCUCCCUCCCCACCCCCAAUUUGAACAGCAGUCAUCUUCAACUUCAGCUGAUUACAAUAGCAAAGGGCGAAAUGAAUCGUGUGACGCCAACAGCCUCCUAAUUUACAGGUUUUCUUCCCCACUCCUCCCAUCUUGGCCUUUAUUUACUACUUCCUUGGAACCAUCUCUGAAUUAUGAAUAGCCAACCACCCCCAAUGCUAUCCACUCUGUUGCUUUUGUCUGGAAAACUCUACAGUGUUUGUGGGAUGUCCCCAAAGGAAAGCUAUGUUCUAAUUUUAUCGUUUCCAUCUGUCUGGUUAUGUCAAGUUAAUUCAGAGAGAGAAGAGACACUGACCAACCCUGAGAGGCCCAGUAGGGCAGAGAUGGAGGCCUGCCCAGACCAAGAGACAGAGAGACAGGCAGGGAUGGGGACAAAGACCCCUGUUGGUUUGGAGAUGAGAAGGGAGACAGAUUGGGAAGACUCCGUUUCAUGGAGAAGAAAGAAAAAGCUUAAUUUCCACUUAAUUUUUCUAGUGUAUUUGAAAAAACCAUGGCAGAAAUGGUAUUUAAUCUGUGCAAUGACACUGCUGAAUGUUUGGGAAGAUUGGAGUGGGAACUCACUGGUUACUUGUUCCCUCUGGAUAGGGGGUGGAGUUGCAAGGCUUUUAAGAGGGGAAGACCACUCCUGGAGAGCCAGGGAAGUGAGCCGAGUGAAAUGGCAACCAGAGUAUUAAUUCUAAUCCAUCUCUGAGUAGAGAGAGUCACCCGUGAGUGUGCCAAGCCCAGGAAUCCAGCUGGCACCUCUGUGUUUCCCCACCAACUCUUCCCAGAGCCAGCCCCACCCACUUCUGAGAACAGAGGCCAGACUUAGCUCACAUCCACCCCAGCCUACUGCAACUGUCCCACCCCAAACAAAGGGCUUGGACUAUACAAGAUCAUGAUUUAUGUUUUCGGGAUGCCCAUUUGUCCCAAGCUUAUCCUGAGUUCUAGAACUGCGUGGUGACCUGAUUGAUGUAUUUGCCACCACAGGAUGCAAAUAAACAUGUUAUAGCUCAAUUCCUCCUUCCUGCUUUUGGAAGGAGACUCUAAGAGAGGGGAUGCAAGUUCAUAAUACAUAUGCAACUGCAGUCCUUGGUUUUACCCAUGGCAGACAUUGCUAAUCAAUUGCAGCACUCGUUCUCACGGAGUCUAAAUAAGGUUUCAGGUCUCACCUGUUGGAAGUUGGUCCUUCAAUGAGAAUCUCUAUGCUAUUUGCUCUAGGACUGCAGGAGAGGUAAACAUGAGUGUGGCCCAAGAAGGGAACCUGUAUCCUCUCCCUUUCAAAGAUGUCACAGCUGACUGAGGAUGAAGAGAAAGCCCCACCCAGAUUGCUGUGAGUGCAGUUCAGUUCAGAAUGCAUCAGGUGCCCUGUUUUGAGCUCUGACAGUAACUGGAGCAACCUGGGCCUGAUCACUGAGCUUGGGAAGCUCAAAUCUGUCCUUAGAUAUUUGCUCCUAAUGAUCAAAGCCCCAAUUGCAACUAUGUAGUAAGCGGCCAGCUGAGCCCUGCCCAGGGUCAUCCAGUACCCACUCUGCCUUGAGCCUCUCACCAGGGCUUAUUCCUUGCGUGGAUCACACGGUCGUAGCAUGUUGCAGUUCAGACGUCUCCACUACCCUGUUAAGGAUAGCCUGGGAAUGUACAGGCCAUCUAGACUAUUUAUUUAAAUACAAAAGGGAAACACACACACACACAUACACACGGAAAAAAAUUGUAAGCACUUUUUUUGUAAAACCAAUGUCUGUUUUGUUACAUACCUUUCAUGUCGUGCUUUGUAAAUGUCUUAUUUGUGUAAUAAAU